CUUGUGAAUCCCGUGUUUUGAUCUCUCAGAGAUCGGUAACAAUCGCUUGUCGCACAAUGACUGGGAUUCCUCAUACAUACGAUGCACCUGUGCAUAUUGCUGUAAUAGGAGGCACGGGUAUCAAGUCCCUUCCGGGCUUCACCGUCGUUGCAACUCUGAAAAUCGAUACACCCUGGGGCUCGCCCUCCUCUCCCAUCUCCAUUCUACACCAUAACUCUCCCACGUCGGGCAAGCCGAUUCCGAUCGCCUUCAUCUCCCGCCACGGGCUGCACCAUGAACUCGCUCCUCAUGAGGUCAAGAACCAGGCCAACAUCGCUGCUUUACGCUCGAUAGGUGUCCGCACAAUCAUUGCGUUCAGCGCAGUCGGAAGUCUGCAGGAGGAAAUUCGUCCUCGCGAUUUUGUGGUACCAGACCAAAUCAUUGACCGUACGAAGGGCAUAAGGCCAUUCACAUUCUUUGAGGGAGGCAUGGUAGGACACGUCGGCUUCGGUGACCCGUUCGACAACAGACUUGGAAAGAUCGUGCGGCAAUGUGGACAUUCGCUGGAGGGUGACGGCGUAAGACUUCACGACAAGGGCCUGCUUAUUUGCAUGGAGGGCCCCCAGUUUUCGACACGCGCUGAGUCGAAUCUCUACCGUUCGUGGGGUGGCUCAGUCAUCAACAUGUCGGCGCUACCAGAAGCGAAGCUUGCUAAGGAAGCUGAGAUCGCAUACCAGAUGAUCUGCAUGGCUACCGACUAUGACUGCUGGCGUGGCGGGGAGGAGGAGCAGGUCAAUGUUGAGAUGGUGAUGGGACACAUGAAGGCUAACGCAGAAAACGCGAAGAGAUUCGUUGCUGCCGUCCUAGACGAGUUGAGUAAGGAAGAACACGCCGAGCAGAUCCUCGCAAAGCACUUGGAGUUCCAGAUGAAGUUCGCCGGAUCCAUGACGCAUAAGUCAGGACGUAGCAAGGAGGCCGAGGCGAAGCUGAAGUGGCUCUUCCCGGGUUAUUUUGAUUGAUCCAUGAGAUAUUCACCUGGUAUAUACGAUAUGUUGCCCUGGAUCUUUCAACAAAACAUCUAGUUGGAUGGCACAGUCACAGUAACCCCGGCGCUCAUGAUACCUCUAUAGAUAGGCUUUACAUUCAUCAUGUCCGAAAUUAUGGACUUAUUUCAACUC